AUGUCCGUCGACAUCAACUGGGAGACUCUGACUGGCGGUCCAGAUGGUGAAGCGUUGGCGGAAACCAUCCGCGACUUCGUCCACGAAAGGUUUCAAUCUCUGCCCCUCCCGAAGUUGAUUCGCUCCAUCACGGUUCAUGGCUUCGAAUUUGGGAAGAUCCCGCCAGCCAUCGUGCUGAAGGAUAUAUGCGAUCCACUGCCCGACUUCUACGACACGGAAGAGGACGAUGCCACGACCGAUGAUGAUAGUCGACAUCGUGGCGAGACCAAAGAGCCUCAGCAGCAAGGAAUUCGACAUUCGACGACUCGUGACUUGCGAGGUGCCGCCGGCUCUCGCCGUCAAUCUGAGCUGGACAUCCUUGAUCGUUCGGCGACAACUACUCUGACUCGUGGUACCACGCCUGGGGUCUUGGGAACGACGUCCAACCUUGGUUACUUCCAUCUCCCGAUGUCAGCAGGCUUGUCGGGAACUCAAACACCUCUGGCGGCCGUGGCAGGGGCGCAUUUUCCGACUGUCUCGCACCCGCCGCAUCCUCAGCAUCAUCACUCGCAAUCUUUCAGCUCUGUUUCACCAAAUUCCACAGCCACGCCUGUCUCAUCACACGGUCAUGGCUACUUCGACAAUGCUGCAGAGUCAGCGACGGUGGAAGAUGACGAUAUCCCGACGCAACCGCUGAAUGAAGACCAGCCAGACAGAAGCUCAGAAGACAUGCAGGUCGUCUUCCAUGCCACUUAUGCUGGCGACGUCAGACUCUCUCUAACAGCGGACGUGUUUCUCGACUACCCCAUGCCAAGCUUUGUCGGAAUUCCGCUGAAGCUCAGAAUCACAGGAUUCACCUUCAACGGCAUCGGAAUCUUGGCUUACAUCAAGAAGCGUGCGCAUCUAUCGUUCCUCAAUCCAGAGGAUGCGGAAGCACUGGUCGGUGGAGAGCCAAGCAUGCAAACGUCAGACGAAAAGCAAGAGACGAGCCCGAAUGGAGACCCAACGCCAAGCAAAGUCGGCGCACUUCUUGAGGACAUCAAAAUUGAAAGCGAAAUGGGGGAGACCGAGAGCGGAAGGCAAGUUUUGAAGAACGUUGGCAAGAUCGAAAAGUUCAUCCUGGAGCAAGUUCAACGCAUCUUCGAGGACGAAUUUGUGUAUCCAAGCUUCUGGACAUUCCUCGUUUGA